GUUUCGUCCGCAUGCCGCAUGUCAAGUGUCAGUCGGCUAGUCGGUGUUGCAGGUCGAAUGUUUUGUAAUUAGUCAAAUAAUUAUAAAUAAUGUCGCAAUGGCAAUAAGUGAAAUUAAAUAAAACUAGAGUGAAUUGCUGGUGAAAACCAUGUGGUGAAACUCACCCGGCGAAUGAACAAUUCGAAGUGACAGUGACAAAUGACAAGUGCCAGCUCAGCUUAAUGUUUUCAAAGGAUUUUCAUUUAUUCGACUAAUUUUCGAAAAUUAUGGCGUUUGAGAAUGGUGUGCACAAUGUGGAAGUAUCAGCGGCAUUUAUCGAGUCGUUACAAACCGAUUUCAAGAACCUGGCCUCGGAAUCUAAGAAGAAGUAUCCGGUUAUAAAAGAGUCAUGUGAGGAGGCGAUUGUUAAACUCAAAGCAGCGGUUUCAACCCCUCAGACUUCCAUUUACUACGUUAUCAACCAAAUUAUUUACCCCUUGUCACAGGGUUGCGAAACUAAAGAUGUUAAAUUGAUUAAAGGUUGCUUACAAAUCAUACAAAAAUUAAUAACACACCAGCUGAUUGAUCAAAAAGGCGCGCUUUACAUCACUGACACUUUAUGGACUUUGAUGGAAUCAGGGAUUGAAGAAGUUAAAAUUCUCCAGUCGGUCACUUUGCUACUGACGACGAACACGGUAGUACAUGGGGACACGCUAGCAAGGACCCUGGUUUUGUGUUUCCGCUUGCAUUUUGCCAAAAAUUCGACGACGAUUAACACAGCUGGGGCCACAGUUAGACAGUUGGUGUCUCUCGUGUUCGAACGAGUGGUUGCAGAGGACGAACUCUUAUCAAAAAAUGAUACUGCUCCAGUGCAGAAACAAAUCAACAUGGAAGACUUCAAAGUACCAAGCGGUACUCCCCCGAAAGGGCUGCCCCCAUGUGCCGCCGAUGCGUAUUUGUUAUUUCAGGACUUGGUCCAAUUAGUAAACGCCGAUCAACCCUACUGGCUGAUCGGCAUGACUGAAAUGACGCGAACUUUCGGCUUGGAGUUGCUUGAGUCGGUUUUGACCCAAUUUUCGGUCGUUUUCUACAAAAACGCCGAGUUCAGUUUUCUCCUGAAGGAGCGGGUCUGUGCUCUUGUCAUCAAGCUAUUUUCGCCCAAUAUUAAGUACAGGAGCACCAUGCCGUCGAACGUGCAGCAAGCAACCCCUUUUGAGAAGCCCUAUUUUCCGAUAAGCAUGAGACUGUUACGGGUUGUGUCUAUUUUGAUCCAGAAGUACCACAGUCUUCUGGUGACUGAAUGCGAAAUAUUCUUAUCUCUGAUUGUGAAAUUUUUGGACCCUGAUAAGCCCACGUGGCAGCGAUCACUCGCCUUGGAAGUGUUGCACAAAAUGACCAUUCAACCCGAACUUUUGAAUUCGUUUUGUAAAUGUUAUGAUCUCAACAAACACACCACUAGUAUUUUUCAAGAUAUUGUCAAUUCGUUAGGGGCUUACGUCCAGUCACUGUUUGUAAAUGCACAGUUACAAAUGACGACGAUGACUAUAACACAAGGCCAACCUCCGGUGUUUCUGGGGGGUUUACCGGCCGGUCCGGGGGUUUCCCCCCAGCCUGGUUUUCUGAUGCGCGGAGUUUGGCUGCCAAUUGUGACCACUUUUCCAACAGGACAAACUAAAUCUAUUUAUUUGGAAAUGUUGGAUAAGAUUGAGCCGCCUACAAUCCCCGACGGUUAUGGCAUUUCGAUCGCUUAUGCCAGUCUUUUGGAGAUAAUUCGUUCGUUACAAAUCACAAUCGGGCCUCAGCAACAAGGCGAAGCCGAGCCGCCGCCACCACCUGAGCCUACAGAAGAUGAGCGCAAACUCCACACCCAGUUGAUAAUUUCAAGUUGGUGUGGGUUACUCGCAGCUUUAACGCCACUGAUUGACGCAAGUACCGACGAAUCAGUCACCGAAAACAUCCUAAAAGCGUUGCAAACUUACGCUUCGCUGAGCGGCGAAUUGGGGUUGGACACUCCAAGGGAUGCGUUUAUUACCGCAAUUUGCAAAUCGUCCCUUCCGCCACAUUACGCCCUCACUGUCUUAAACACCGUGUCGAGCGGCAUUCGGACAGGACACCGAGACGGCCAGGAAUUGCACUCGAUUGCAAAUUACGGCGAAGCUGAUUAUAGACAACAAGUCGUCGCCGUCGGGACGCCCCUCCCGACGUCGUCAGUGCCUGCUGGGACGCAGCAAGGCCCAGUUAUGCUCACUUCGAAAAAUUUACAGGCAAUGCGAGCUUUACUUAGCUUGGCUCAUUGUCACGGGAGCAUCUUAGGCACUUCCUGGCAUUUAGUUUUGACAACUUUGCAACAUCUUGUUUGGAUUUUGGGCCUAAAGCCCUCAACCGGCGGUAGCUUGAAAGCAGGUCGCUUCACAACCGACUCAAACGCGGUUAUAACCACUUCGGUAAUGGCCGAUUUGCCGGUUUUGUCGCAAAUGUUGAGCCGCUUGUUUGAAACGAGCCAGUACCUCGACGACGUAGCCUUGCACCACCUUAUCAACGCUCUCUGUAAACUAUCACAAGAGGCCAUGGAACUAGCCUACUCGAAUCGUGAGCCGUCGCUGUUUGCCGUUGCUAAGUUACUCGAAACCGGUUUGGUUAACAUGCCACGAAUUGAGGUUCUGUGGCGGCCUUUAACCAAUCAUUUGUUGGAAGUUUGUCGGCAUCCUCAUAUCAGAAUGAGAGAAUGGGGGGUUGAGGCUAUAACGUAUUUAGUCAAGUCGGCCUUGCAUUAUAAACAUACGGUUCCGUUGAGAGAUAACCAAAAAUUGCAAACUUUGCUUUUGGGACCGCUCUUUGAACUGUCGUCAGUCCCACAUGGGGAUGUAAGGCAGAGGCAGCUAGAGUGUGUCCUUGAGAUUUUGCACGGAGCGGGAGAAACGCUCUCGCACGGAUGGCCACUCGUUUUGGGCAUAAUUGGCGCCGUCAGCGACCAACACGGUGAAAAUUUAAUACGGAUCGCGUUUCAAUGCCUCCAGCUGGUUAUAACCGACUUCCUCCCUGUGAUGCCGUGGCGCUGUUUGCCACUAUGCGUCGACACUGUUGCCAAAUUCGGCUCCCAAACCCAGGAAUUAAACAUUUCUUUAACCGCAGUCGGACUUAUGUGGAACAUUUCCGACUACUUUCACCAAAACCAGGGCAAGUUGAGCCAGACGUUGACCGAGGACACUACCGUCCUCCCUGACUUUCCAGGCACUUUGAAUAUGCCAAGUUUCGACAAACUCUGGAUGUGUCUAUACGCACGUCUCGGCGAACUUUGCGUCGAUUCGCGACCGGCUGUGCGCAAAUCAGCCGGUCAGACCCUAUUUUCAACAAUCUCAGCACACGGCGGGCUUUUGAAACAAUCAACCUGGCAGGCGAUUCUCUGGCAGGUGUUGUUCCCUCUCCUCGAUAAGGUCCGAAACUUAUCGAAUUCAGCAAGCAGUGAGAAAGUUGACGCUGGGGGCAACAUACUGAUACACCAUACGCGCAACACGGCGCAGAAACAAUGGGCCGAGACGCAAGUUUUAACCCUGUCGGGUGUGGCACGGGUGUUUAACACGAAGCGACAGUUGUUGCAAGCCCUGGGUGAUUUCCCGCGUGCCUGGUCGAUCCUCCUGGAAUUCAUCGAAAAUGCGGCCUUGAGUAAAAAUAACGAGGUUUCAAUCGCCGCACUUAAGUCGUUCCAGGAGAUUCUCUUCGUGAGCAAGACGCAGCCGAGUGAUAAUAAGGCCCUGAUUGAGGAUCGGGAGAUUUGGGCCAUUGCGUGGAGGGUUUGGGUCAAAAUCGGGACGGAGAUAACGAUCCCGGCCCUUGAGAGCGAACAAACCGAUGAUUUUUACUUCCCGAGUCAGACGUUUCUGACGGCUUUGGUCCAGAUAUUCCCCAGCGUGUUCCAGCAUAUUAAGAGCAACUUCAACUUGGACGACUUGAAACAGUUGGGGACUGUGCUGACUAACGCGGUCAGUGUCCCGGUUUAUGGCGAGUCGACUCCUUACAUGAUCUCAACUUCGUCAGACGUGAGUCUGACGCCGUUACACGACGGCGUGUUGCACACCAUGGAGUUGCUGCAAAAGGAGGCUCUCGCGAGGAAUAACAGCAAAAUGAUCCCGGAGUUGUUCAAGCGGUUGCUCAUUUUUGCCCGAUUUACCUGCACGCCGCCGAACUCGACCAGACUGGACAACCGACAUGCGAAGGUUUCCGAUUGGAUCACAAUGAACUAUAUUCCAUUCGGCGAAAAGGCCAUGACUAUGACGGUCAAACUGUACGAAAAAACGGCCGAAAAUCCGGAAGUGAUCGGCGGGAAUAUCCUACAUGGGAUAAUCGCAGCCUUGCAUAAACCUCUAGCUUUAAAAUACAACUGCUUCUCUAACAGUAUUUGGAAACUGGCGGCUAAUAGCCUAAUCACUGUGUUAAAAACCGGCCUGAAGGUGGCGCGCGCCAACGGCAACCAGUUCGCCCCAAUGUGGCCCGAACUGGCCGCGACUUUGAACGAUUUCCUGUUCCCCAGCAUGGCGGCGCCGGCUGAUAAAGGCUUGGACGAGAUGGUGUCCGACGAAGCGACCGAUUGCCAGCUCAUCGAGCUGCUGAGGACCGAAGUCUUGCCCUAUUCGAGUCAAAUACCGAAAGAUUUUAUCAUGCAAGUUGUGGUUUUGCUGAACAAGGGUUCGAUUCAUUCCGCGACGAAUGUCAAGACUGACAGCGAUUCGGAGUUGACGCUGCGGGAGGAGUUCGCCAAGACGUGUUUCGAGACUUUGCUGCAGUUUUCGUUAAUUGAUGGCGAUAACAGGGCGCUGGUGGUCAACGGUGAUGACUUGGCGGGACAGCUUGCGGUCACGUCGCUCUUGCAGCGGUUUCAGGAGGUUUUGGAGAAGUACAUCGAGGACGAGAAGCUGAGCGGGAAGUGUCCUUUGCCGAGGUACAGGCUUUCGGAGAUCUCGUUCGUGUUGAAAGCUGUGACCACCCUGAUCAUAUCAAUGAAAAAGGCGCCCGUUAAAGAAGAUAGUACAGGAUGGGAACAUUUGAUAAAGUUGUACCCGUUUUUAGUCGAAUGUACAACGACCACAUCCACGCAAGUUUCAAGGCCGUUGCGGGAAGCUCUUCUACAAUUCUGUGAUUUAUUGCAACCACCUGUGACUAAGAAAACAAACGGUGAAAAAUACUGAAUAGUGUUUGUACCUGCCCCAAUAUCAAUCGUGUCUGAUGGUUGAUUUGAAUUUUCUUUUGUUCAACACACACUUCCAGCGUUUUGCCAUGUUUUAGUUUUGAUUCAUGUUAUAGUUUAUAAAUUUGUAAAUUUUAGCGUUUCAAAAUAAAAUAUUGAAAAUUG